AUGGAUCCUUUGGGGAAAACAAAAAGAGGUCAUCAUGUUUUAAAUUUUAAUUUUAAUUAUCAAUUACAUAAUCGCAAAAAUGAAAGUAUUACUACAAAGCGAGUAUACAUGAAAGGAAAUUAUCAUGAAUUUUCAAAAUAUUUAAAUAAAUUUAACUGGAGUCAUGAGUUUACUGGACUUAAUGUUGAUCAGUGUUAUGAAAGUUUUAUUAGAACUAUUGAAUACGGCUGUAAAGAUUUCAUACCGUCAUUUAAUCAAAAAACAACUGAAAGCAAAAGAUCCUUAUGGAUGAAUAAAGAAUUAAAACACGAAAUUCGACUUAAGCAAUCAAAAAAAAAUCCAAAACAAGUUUAUGCUUAUAUUAACAGUAAACUAAAAGCUAAAGACCAUAUAAGAGCAAUUUCAAUUGAAAACAAUGAAAUAUCAACUGACAGUCAAGUUAUUGCUAAUCAGUUAAAUCGGUUUUUCAAUUCAGUAUUCAUAAACGAAAGCCUAACUAAUAUGCCUACAUGUGAAAAUAUAACAGAAAAAAUUUGCCCAACCCCAUUGUUUAAUGAGAAAGAUAUUAAAAAACGAUUAUUGAAUCUAAAUGUGCACAAGUCCCCAGGUAUCGAUAGAAUUCAUCCAAUGUUUUUAAGUAAGUGUGCUGACAGUUUAGCUAGACCACUCUGUAUGAUAUUUAACCAAUCAUUUCUAACUGGAACAUUGCCUACAAGCUGGUUAAAAGCAAAUAUCACUCCAAUUUUUAAAAAUGGGGAUAGGUUGAAUGCAGGUAACUACCGUCCAAUUUCAUUGACCUCUGUUGUUUGUAAAGUAAUGGAAAGUAUUGUUAAGGAUACAAUAAUGAACCAUUUAAAUAAAAAUAAGUUAUUAAUACCAGAACAACACGGAUUCAUUAAAUCAAAAAAUUGUGUAACAAACCUUCUCGAGACAUUAGACAUAAUAACAGAAUCAAUAAAUUGUGGAAAAUGUGUUGAUGUUGCCUUUUUAGAUUUUUCUAAGGCAUUUGAUUCAGUUCCGCAUUCCAGGCUGCUCUUGAAACUUAAGUCAUUUGGUAUUGUUGGAAAAUUGUUGCAAUGGUGUAAAGCUAUUUUAGCAAAUCGAAAACAGAGAGUUGUUUUGGGACUGUUUGAAUCAGAAUGGGAAACAGUUCGUAGUGGGGUACCACAAGGAUUGUUGGAUCUUGACAUCUUAUUUAACUGGACUAAAAGAUGGCUUAUCAGUUUUAAUAAAGAUAAAUGUAAAAUCAUGCAUUUUGGUCGUGAUAAUCCGAAAAUAAAGUAUAAUUUAAAAUAUAAUGCUACAGAAACAGAGAUUAUUCAACAUGGACUAAUAGUAACGUCAUUGGAAAGAGACCUUGGUGUUUAUAUUUCAGACAAUUUAAAAUGGGAAGACCACAUUGAAAAAAUGAAAGACAGUUACGAGCAAAGAUUAGAGAAAAUGGACUUACAAAAUCUAUCAAAGAGAAGGGAAAAAGGUGAUCUUAUCCAAAUGUACAAAUUCAUGAACAAAAUUGAUACUAUCAAUUGGCAUCGUGAACCAGAAGUAUUGGAUGAUCCUGUAUACAAAGCUGAAAAGUUAUUUCAAAUAUGGGACGAUCCCAAUCAGAGCUUUUUCUUACAGUUGUUUACAAUUGCAGAAUGUUGUGGAUUUACUGGGCUAGUUAUAAUAACAAAUGAACAGAACUCUGAUAGGAGUAUUGAUAAUGAUUCUGGAGAGUACGAUUAUGUUGAUGAUGACAAUGACAGUGGUUAUUUUAAUCUAUUGAAAAAAAUACAAUCAACAUAG